AUGCGAGACCAAGAUGAGCACGGCCGCCAUCGACGAGUUGUGGCCAAUGCAUACGCCUUGACAACUCUGAGAAACUAUGAACCUUACAUAGAUGAGCUUCUUGAAACGCUCUUCCAGGUGUUGGACAAGAAUUGUAAAAGUGGGGAGACAAUCGAUAUUGCACGUUGGACGUAUUACUUUUCUUUCGAUGUAAUCGGAUACCUCUCCUUCGGAUCCCCUAUAGGAUUCUUGAAAGAGGGAAAGGACGUACAUCACCUCAUCAAAAUGCAGAUGUUCAUCAUCUCUUACCUCAGACAUCUCCUGACCAUUCCAUGGCUCCGCUAUCUUCUCGCCAGCAGCCCGCUUCUCGAUAUCUUUAGCAAAAGGAAGCCAACCACUCGUAAUGGUUUCCUCGCUUUCAUCGAGGAACGUGUUCAGCAUCGACUCCAAAAUCCAUUGCCAGACGCCGAAGCAAGGCCAGAUAUCCUGGCCCACUUUGUCGCUCAGAAAGAGAAACAUCCAGACAUCAUGACUGACAAGAACAUCAUGAAUUCAGCUGUUCUGAAUCUCGGUGCCGGGGCACUUACAACGUCCAAGGUCCUUGAGAUGGUAUUUAGAUAUUUAGUGGACAAUCUGCCAGCACAAGAACACAUAUUUCAAGAAAUGCAAGAGAACGGGUGUACAUUCCCGAUCACGUGGACAGAGACACAAACACUCCCAUACCUUGAAGCAGUUAUGCGAGAGGCAAUCCGCCUGCAUGUUUCUUUAGGUAGUAACCUCAUGAGAGAAGUGCCGGCAUCUGGCCUUGAGCUUCCUAGUGGGCAUCGGCUACCACCCAAAACCUCCGUUGGUAUAAGACCGUUCGCAUUGGCGAGUCGAGAGGACUGCUUCGGAAAGGAUCCCUUGACCUUUAAUCCUGAUCGAUGGCUACAAAAGCCGACUGAAACUGGCGAGGAACACAUGGAGCGCAGACGUAUGAUGGAUCGCUCGGACCUUACGUUUGGCAAGGGGUCCCGUUCAUGUAUUGGCAAGAACAUUGCCUUGCUGGAGACGUACAAGGCCGUUGCAUCCCUGGUCGGGAGAUAUCAAUUUUCUCCCGCUGAAUCGUCAGAGCCGAAGAAGAGGCGCCAGCUAUUUGUCAAGGUGAAAAAGAGAGAGCCGUGCAAAAAAUCUUGA